CAGCCCUGCUGCUUCUCUCCCUUCCUUAUGUCUCCUUGCACGUUUCGCCUGAGCCUAUCCUCGUCCUCUGCCUUCGCCCCGAGAAGGGCAAUGGCUGGUACUAUCACCCUGGCUCUCGAAGUACACUUCCCCAAACCCAUAUCCUUUACUCCCCUUCACCCUAUCUCUUCUCAAGCUCCUCCUGUCCUUUUCCUCUUCGUCAAACACUCCUUCUCUACUCCCAGUAUCAGCAGUAGCAGUUGCGGCAGUAGAAGAAGAACUCAGCAGACCUCUCGCUCCUUUCUUCUUCCAAAUUGUGUGGCAAGUGAUGCUGGCAUUGUCCAUGUGGAGGAAGCUGAAGUCGAAGUUGCAGAAGGAUACACGAUGACUCAAUUCUGUGACAAAAUGAUUGAGUACUUCAUGCAUGAGAAACCACAAACAAAGGAUUGGAGGAAGCUCUUGGUGUUCAGAGAUGAUUGGAACAAGUACAAAGAGAGCUUCUUUGAACGGUGCCAAGUACGUGCAGAAACUGAGAAAGAUCCAGUGAUGAAACAAAAGCUGGUUGGUCUUGCCAGAAAAAUGAAGAAGAUAGAUGAUGAAAUAGAAGAUCAUAUGGAACUUUUGAAAGAGAUACACGAAAGCCCACAAGAUAUUAAUGCUGUUGUUGCAAGAAGGCGGAAGGAUUUCACUGGAGAAUUUUUCCGUCACCUUAACGUUCUUUCAGACAGUUUCGACAGCUUGGAGGAUCGAGAUGCAAUGGCUAGGCUUGGAGCUAAAUGUUUGUCUGCAGUCCGUGCAUAUGACAAUGCAUUGGAGCAGAUAGAGACAUUGGAUGCCGCUCAGUCAAAGUUUGAUGAUAUAUUGAAUUCCCCUUCAUUAGAUGAGGCAUGUGAAAAGAUAAAGAGCUUAGCUAAGGCAAAGGAACUUGAUUCAUCACUGAUUCUUCUGAUCAACAGAGCUUGGGCAGCAGCAAAAGAAUCUACAACCAUGAAAAAUGAGGCUGUAGAAAUAAUGCAUCGUAUAUAUAAAGAGACAAAUAGAAGUCUUAAAAGCAUUGCACCGCCAGAGAUAAAGCUUCUCAAGCACCUGUUGAACAUCACAGAUCCUGAAGAGCGAUUUUCAGCACUAGCUACUGCUUUCUCUCCAGGAGAUGAGCAUGAAGCCAAGGAUGUUAAAGCUCUGUACACAACUCCGAAGGAGCUGUAUAAAUGGAUUAAGAUCAUGCUUGAUGCCUACCAUCUUAACAAAGAGGAGACUGACCUGAUGGAAGCCAGGCAGAUGAGUGAUCCUGUGGUAAUUCAGAGGCUUCUUAUUCUCAAGGAAACGAUCGAGGAAGAAUACAUGAAGCGACAUUCGCAGACAGAAGAAGACCCAGAAUCAAAAGAGUGAAACCUAUCUAUCAGUCGUCAUGUCAGUUAUAAUGUGAUAUAUCAAUGGUUCCUUUCAAGUUUGAUCCUACAUUGAUGAGGGAGAUAGCUCUAAAUAUUGGAGCAGCCUCACCAUUUGACCUAUGAGGAAUGUGAUUGUGUGGGUCUUUGCUCCAGGUGCUAUUGUGCUUGCUUUUAUCUUGAUGAGAUUUGUCCAGAGGGCAGCUUUAGUUUUCCAGAUGUUGCAGAGUGGAUGCCUGAUGAGGCUAGUUCAAGAAAAAAAGUGUGUUGAUAGCUCUCUGGCUACUCCCUGCAAUGUAGUCAUUAAGUUUCUGACAUGUACAUCUACUUAUUUUGUGCUACCAAUCCCACCAUUAGGCAUAAGGAUGUGGCCCUCCUCUAAGACUGGACUUUCUGUCAAGCGUUCCAAUUGAAUGCAGGUUUGUAUGUAUUUGUGCCCAUAGACUGGAUACAAACAUUAUCUUAUAUGAUUGUGGAGGCAAACUAUGACUUUGCUUUCUCCUGCUUUAAAGUCAUAAUUUAGGAAUAUAUGGUUGUUUAAAGUCGAA